ACACGCUCACUUGCAAUCGGAACGUCGCGCCGAACGGUUGUGCGUGCUGUGCCGCGUGUGACGAGUCUAGUAGCUCUACGUGUUGGGAGAGAGUUUCUUUUCCCCCUGGGGUGGGUGGGAGCUUUCACGCACGGGAAAACGAUAACAAUAAGGAAGGAAAAACGGAGGUAGUGAAAUAGUAGCAAAGUGGUGAAAAAAAACCUCCCGCAAACAUAGUGAAAAUUUUUCAAAAAUAAGGCCUAAAUUAAAACACAUAUACAUACCGUGCCGCGAAACCGUAUGGCAGAAGAGUGCAGGAAGUGCAAGCGAGCGAGCCGUUCUGUCACAGUGAGUGAGUGGAGUGAGUGAGAGGCAGUGAGAGCCAGUGAAUAAAAAAAAAAGAAGAAUACACGAAAACGGUGUGUGUGCGUGUGUGCGUGUGUGCGAGUGUGUGUGCUCCACAGCGAAACAAAACCGAAUAAGUAAAAAAACCGGCCACAGAGCAGAGAAUAAAUUCAGGAAGCGUCGCCGUACGUGUGUUUGUGUGUGAAUGUGCGCGCCUGUGAGCAGCCGUUCAGUGUGUGUGCGCGCUUGUGCGUGGAUGGGUGUGCGUGCGUGAGUACAUGUGUGUGCAAGUGUGUGGGCCUUUUGCGUCUCCCGCUGCGGUGCACCAACACCACCACCCUUCCUCACCUUUCCCGGUGUGUUGUUACCGGCACACACACACACACAUUGUGCGUCUCGGAAGAGUUUUUCGAUACACAAAAAGCAGCGAGAAGGAAAUAAAGAAAGAGUGUGUGAGAGAGAGAGAGAGAGAGAGAGAGAGAGAGAGAGAGGGAAAAAGCAAAUCCCAAAUGAAGUGAUACGGUGCAAAAGGAAGCAAAAGAAAAUGGUCGAAAAUAUUUGAGUGGUGUGCCGCGCCGCUGCCCCUUUGCCACUGCCCUGCACGCAUCUCAAACCCCAAGGGUGAGUGUGUGUGCUUGUGCGCAGCGUACGUGCGAUUGGUGUGCAAGUGUGUGUGUGUGUGGAGUGCGUGUGUGUGUACAUGGCAAUACACACAAGCACACAGCGCGAGAAGGAAAAAGGAAGUAGAAAUUACACCGACGGAGAUUAUUACACCGUGCGUGCAAGUGUUGUGCGUGAAUGUGUGUGAGUGUGUGUGUAUGCACACGCUAUUGUUUCCACCGGUGUGUGUGGUGUGUGCGCUGUAGAAUGAAGUGAAUGCAAAUUUUGCACACACAAAAAAAAGGAAUAGAAGAUUAAAGCAUUUUGGCAAAAUCGAAUCGCUCGCGCCAAAACGUGUCAUGAAAAUUCAAUUUAUCGUUCCUGCUUCGGCUUCUCCUUCCUGCCCCAACGGCCUUUGAGGCGUGUUGGGUGUUUCUGUGGUGUGAUUUGUGCGUGUGUGUGAUUGGCCCGCGCUAUCCAGCGUGAUUCGCUUCUCCAUCGCUUCUUCGGCAGUGCGCGUCGUGUGUUUGUGACAAAACAACGGAAAGCACUCAACAUAAAUCUCCCAAUAGGUCGCGCCGGGUUGGUUUUCGGCCUGUUGUUGGCCUUGGAAAGAAGAGAAGAUUGCGAUAAACACACAUACACAGCUGAAAGCCACUGGAGAUCCCCAUCAGUCUGCGGUCCAUCGUUAGGAUCCCCCUUACCCGAGCUGGAAGUGCGUUUGACAUUUUCGGAUUAUUCUGUGACAGAGCAGUGUGUUUGUUUCUCCGUGCAGAAUGUUGCAAACUGCUUGAUCUGCAGCAGUGUGUGAUGCGAGCCUUUCGUGCAUUGCGAUAGAUAAACAAAACCCGAAUCGAGAUGACAGCUGGGUCAUCCUGUUGAGCGCUUGCCUGCUGUGAGAUCGUGUGUGCGAUCGUGUGUAGUGACAGCGGUCGUCUGGCAACGAAACGGCCUUUGAGAACACAUCAUUUAGAAACAAAUUAGUGAGCGUUUGUGUAUGUGGUGCGUGCAAUGCUAAUACAAUGAAGCAACGGCACCAUCGACGACAGCAUCAUCCGCAUCAUCACAGUGACAGUGGUUGCUAUAGUAGUGGUAGCGACAUGGCGUUGACAGCAGCAGCAGCAGCGGGAGUGACAGUAGUAAACAACACAGAAGUGCUCGAGCGACGACGGCACUGUAGCGGCAAUGGGCACAGCCGCGGCAACCGUCGGUGGCGAACGACAACACACAGUGUGGUCCACGACAACUGCAACACCACCACCACCACCGACCACACCAGCAGCUGGUGGAGAAUAGGCCGCACGCUCGGAGCGUCCUGCCGACACACGGAACAGCCACACGCCUCCACCGGCAACACGCUCACGAGCAAGCGACGCCGCUACCGGGACGUGAGCGCCCGGCUACGCUGCUGCCUGCCCGGGCUCGGCACCAGCCCGGCCCUCACCGUCGCGCUCGUGAUCGCCCUCCAGCUCGUCGCCCUGCAGCCGACCGUGCUGCACUGUGCCAAAACGUUCUACAUGCACUGGAACACGACGAACAGCAUCUUCCGGAUCGACAACACCGACCACAUCAUCGACGUGAACAAGGGCAACGCGCAGUUCGAGUACGACCAGGUGCACAUCAUCUGCCCGGUGUACGAGCCGGGGACGUUCGACAACGAGACGGAGAAGUACAUCAUCUACAACGUGUCGAAGGUGGAGUACGAGACGUGCCGCAUCACCAACCACGAUCCGCGCAUCAUCGCGAUCUGCGACAAGCCGAACAAGCUGAUGUUCUUCACCAUCACGUUCCGGCCGUUCACGCCCCAGCCGGGCGGUCUCGAGUUCCUACCGGGCAACGAUUACUACUUCAUCUCGACCUCGUCCAAGGACGAUCUGCACCGGAGGAUAGGCGGCCGGUGCACCACGGACAACAUGAAGGUUGUCUUCAAGGUGUGCUGUGCGGACGAUCAGCAGCAGCAGCAGCAGCACCAUGGCCAUUUGCCCUCGAACGGUACCGUGAUCGGGGGCCACUCGCAUGACGGUACGGCCGCGGGCGGAUCGAUCAACGCCAACAACACCAUCUCGAUCGAUGCGUUCGAUCCGAACUCGCGGCUGCUGCCGCCCGCCAUCAACACCAGCCAGGGCAACAUUGUGCAGAACACGGUCAACUGGCCGGUGUGGAACGAUGGGUCCGGCCAGCAGCAGCAGCCACCGCAUCUGCCACCGCACGUGCGGCCACCGUCGUCCGCCACCCCUGCCAUCAUUAACGGGCGGCACAACCACCACUACACGGCCUCGCCGCCCCGCACCUCCAUCAACAGUGGUACGGGGAUGGGCGGCGGAGGUUCGGGUGGGAUGUACGGCAACAACCACAACUACAACAUCAACAGCCCACCGUCCAACGUGCAUCCGGGCCAGAGCAAGCCGACGAAGAAGACGAAGGAGUACGACAAGCACCCGAACGAGGUGGUCAAGAACGAGGAGCUCACGUACAACAACGGUGCGUCUACGGUGGGUCCUGCCGGUCCGGUGGUGUUGCUGCUGGUCGCCACCGCCAUCAUGCUGGUUGGGUCCUGGAGCAGCAGCAGUAGCAGCAGCAGUAGCAGUAGUAGUCGUCGAAGCAGCAGCAGUUCGAGUUGGUUGAGAAGCUGAGAGUCGUGUGAGGAUGCAGCAGCUGAGGAGUACGCUCGAGAUGAUACAGGUGGAGGAGGUCACGCAGGCGAUGUACCACCGACACCACCACCACCACCAACAUCACCAACCGAAGCCGUGUGUUUGUGUGUGCCCUUACCCCUCUAAUACUUCCCUCCGUAAUCCGCCCCCCUUGGUCCUAGAGAGGAUGAUUGGUCGCAGGAAGUCCCGUGGGGGUUUACUGGCAGAGUUUCGAGAGAGAUUUCGAGGUCUCAAAGAAGAAUGGUUGGCGAAGUCGUCGUCGUCGUCGUCGUUGGAAGUUCGUAGUCCUUUCGCUUUCGGUCCAUCGUACCCCACACCCACCGAGGGAGGGAGGUACCGGCGACUGUAUUUUGGGACGAGGAGUCGUGUAUGUAGAUAGGAUCCUGUGUUUUUGUUUUUAAGAAAGACGGAUGAAAUCAUAGUCACACCCACACACAUACCCACACGACAGUCUCUAACGAGAGAGAGAGAGAUCACCCUUAAACGUAUAAACCUUGAUAAGCGAGAGCUAGAAACCAUCCCAACCCUCCCCCACAACACACGCGCGCGCAGUGUCCAUGGUUUUAGUAGGAAAUGCACGACGGAGGUUGUGUUUCCUUGUUUUUACUUACGGAAGAAACAAAACAAAUGAGACCAUAGCGUGCGUGUGUUUGUAAAUGUGUGCGUUUGUGUGUGUGCGUGUGUGUUCCCCGUACGGAAUGCUUAUCUCUCCGCCAGAACCGAGACGAAGACAUCACCUCCCAAUUUUCCCCCCUCAUAUAAGAAAAUCCUCCCAAAAGUCACAAAACCAACCCCGCCCGUCUCGUAGUUAGUAGAAGUAGUCCUGUAGUUGCAGAGCAGAGUGAUAUUAAUUUAAAGUGAACAAAAGCAAAAAAAGAAGAAAUCACACACACAUACACACACCCACUCACAGGCAUGAUGGUUGAUGUGCAACAGAAAAAAAAUGUGUAGAAACAUAGUGCAGUUAGUUGAUAAACAAAAACAAAAGAACCAUUCUAGUAGGAAAACACGAGCACGAUUUGGAAAUUGGCAAUUGUAUAAAAGAAAACGAGAACCAAGAGAAGAAAAAAAUUGGAAAAAAUACGAAAAUCAGCCAGGUAUGUGUGUGUGUGUGUGUGCGCUAUUCGACCACUGCUAAAUUCGGCCCCCAGAAAAUUGGUUAACACAGAAGGUUAGGAAAUGGAAAAGAACACAAUGCACGCGCUCUACAUACACACCCAUUAAGCUAGAACGGUUCGAGUUGAAUGGUGCCGCCAUAUCCUUCCUAAUACCUCCCCCCCCGCCAAGGUGUCUGAGUGCACAAGGAGUGCCUAAAGCGAAGAUCUGUCUGUGUGUGUGAGUGUGGAAAUUAAGUGCCUUUAGAGUGUAUUCAGAAUCAGAGAUGGUGCUUACUUUCACAUAGGACGUUACUUUUGUGAGGCCUUUUGAAGUCUUGAUCGGGUCUUACAGUACGUUAGUCGAGAUCUAUCGAAGCUCAGACUUGUUUGGAGUUCAAAUUUUGGAUGCAGAUUGAUGUCUUAAGGCUCAACCAUAGAAUGCCGCAUUCUGAGCUAUAACAAACUACUGUUAUGUUAAGAUGUUGAUGCUCCUACAUCAAAUUCAAGGAAUGCUUCAUCACAAUCGGUCGCAGUACUAUUGUUAAGUCUUAAGACCGUCUAAAGACCACCUGAAAGAAGCACUGUUUAAGACGAUUUGUGUCCAUACAAGGAUUAAUCUUCAUUCUAGUUCAUUUGCUCUAUUUAUUUUACGCCUAAAUCAAGUCAGUGGACACUGAUUUUAUCUUGAAAUGAUGUUCAAUCUUUUCUAUUAACUUAAAUGUAUUACUAAAAGUUACUCAAGUUCUUUGAAAAUGUUUGUUCGUGCAGUUUGAAAUUGAAAGCAAAUCUUGAAGAUUUUCCCAAUGCUUCCUAAACAUCGAACCAAAAACCAUUACGUAAGGCAAUUUCACCACCCAACGGUCUCGCUUUACGGCAUCUUGUUGGCACAACACCCUCCCAUCCAUCCUCUACCCCUCCCCCCUCCCCCUGACGUCAUUUCCAUCUCUUCCGCAAACGCCAAUCCCGAAGCGUUUGCGGGAGUGCAGCGAGAUAGACAUAUGAAAGACUGACCGAUUCACCCUAUAACCCCUCCUCCUCCCACCCCCACUCACCCAUUCCAUCCCACCACCUCAAGAAUCCUUUUAUAAGCGUGUAUGUGUUUGUGUUGUUGUCGUGCCGACACGGGUGUGCACCACGCUCUGUAGUCUCAAUUAAGCAUAUUUUACUGUGCGUGUUUGCCAAUUUCCCACCUCCCCUUUAAUCAAUACCGACACAGUAGAGCCGCCGCAGCAUUCACACACACUCGAACGUGUGUGUGUUUGUGUAAUUUAAUACUUAUAUCUCAAGCUUAACUAUACUAGAAGCGAAGAAGAUGGGAAGCAGAAAGCACCCGAGCGCUCCCGCCGAGUGUUUUUGUUGCUUUAAGUUAUUUUAGUUUAUCACAAAAGUCCCUAUCCACCCAAAACAACACAACAAUAUAGUCAGAGAAAUGCUGGACAGCUGCUCCAGCAAACGAAUAGCAAAUAGUUUUAAAGCAUUACAUUGCUUUUUGUACAACACAAUCAGAUCAAUCGGACAUAUGUUUAUUAACCUGCUCAAUCAAUCUGCCAUCCUCUGUACUCUUUCUCUCUCUAUCUGUUUGUAUCUCUGUAUCGUUUUGUGUUGCUUAUCAGUAUUGGAAAACGAGAUGAAACGACGCCAUUUUUGCAGGUACCAUAACCACAAGUCAAUCCAAUGCUCGUUCUGCUUGUUUCGGGCCCGAAUUUGGGCUGGCAAAAAGUCCAGUUGGCAAAAAGUUUUGCGUGUAAAGUAGUCCCCUACACACACACACACACGCACGCACUAAAUGUACUGCACACAUCGUGAUUAUAUGUGUGAAAAUUCGUGUCACACACUGGUCAUGUGCACUUUAGGUUUUUGCUUCUCUCCGAAACGAGAGAGAUAUAACUCAAUAAAAGUGUGAUUGAAUCAAGUCGAGUCGAGGCGAAAGAU